UCGCAAACGCAACACCAAAAGUGUGAGGAAGGGGAAGUCGCUGGAUGGGUUUCCGCACGAGGAGUCUCCAAACAACGUCCCUGCCAUGGCAACGACGCAGAUUUGGGUCCUGUUCGUGCUUCUUUCUGUGAGUUUAGCCGAAGAAGUUAAGUUAAAUCACAAACCAGCCACAAAACCUGUGCGACUUUUUACUGAGGAGGAGCUCCAGAGAUACGACGGCAGUGAGGAAGGCCAGCCAAUUUACAUGGCAAUAAAAGGUGUUGUGUUUGAUGUCUCCAAAGGAAAAGAGUUUUAUGGUAAAGAUGCUUCCUAUAACGCUCUAGUUGGGAAGGACUCCACCCGGGCUGUGGCCAAGAUGUCCCUGAACCCAGCAGACCUGACAUCAGACACUACAGGGCUCACGGAGGAGCAGCUCCAGUCUUUGGACAGCGUGUUUGAAGGAACGUACAAAGCCAAGUAUCCCAUCGUGGGUUACACCGCAGCACGUCUCCUCAACGCGGACGGAAGCCCCAACAGAGACUUCAAACCAGAAGACCAGCCUCAUUUUCAAACCCGAGAUGAAUUUUAACAUCAUCUCAGGUUUUUGUUUUUCUACUCUGGUCAAAAGGUGUUCUGAUCUAAAGGUUUUUAUGGUUAUGUAAGAUUUGUUCCCAUUGUUCUUACUUGAUGUGAUCCCUGUGGGUUAUUUGUCUUCUCUGUUUUGACAAAUUUCUUGAGUCGUCUAUUUUUACCCUGGUUGUUGCCUUAGGCUUAAAAGAGAGAUUUUAUUAGUGCCCCAGAAAACUACCAAUAUUCAUAGAAAAUGUUCAUUUCAAAAAUGUGAAAUAAACAGGCUACUUCCUGA